AUGGCGUCGGAGCAACACCUAGAAGUCCCAGGAUCAGAGCAGAUCGAGUAUCGACCUUCAGAAAGCUCGCCUCAAGAAAGAUCGCCUCAAGAAAGUUCGUCUCCAAGACGAACUCCAUCACCUGCAAGCCGAUCACCGAAGAGCACCGGCUACACUUCCCCGGCCAAAGAGAACAAGUUGCGCCCCGUGUCUGAUGUGAUCAAUCGCCUUAUUUGGGAUGAGAAUUAUGACAAUGACGACUACAUAAUCGGAUACGAAGACCGAUUUGAAGGGCGCUUGGAGCUUGGUCUGGGGUCGUGGAAGAGAGAGACCACAGACGAGGAGUUUAUCCCCCAGCAUCGCAUCAUCUAUAUCAAACGCAUCUCCGACGGCGACGUGGUAUGGGACAAGAGACGCAGGGUAGACAAGGUUUUUCUCAGUGGGAAUUCGGCAUUUGACUAUCUGGCUUUUUUGACUUGA